CAUUUCCAUUUUCUGCUCAAUUUUUCAAUGCUUCAUCAUCAGCCAAUGCAUUCGUACCGUCCUAUUAAUAAGAAGGGCCUUGUUUCCAACUCAACUCUCUCUACCUUUCACCCUAAGUUUUCCUUUUGCAAACGACAGCUUUCAAAGCUCUUUUAUUGGCUCUAAGUCGAAAGCUGAUUGGAGAUUACUCUAUUACUUGAACUUCUUGGGGAUUCCGUCAUUGCUCUUAGAAGAAGAUUAAGCUUUCUUAUUCGACAUAUGCAUUUUUAAGGAGAUGGCUUCCCAUGAGCAUGAUUCAGAUAUUAUUCAGUGGGGUCUUCGUCUACUUGAUGGUGAUCCAGUUUAUAAUUCUUCAUACUACUACGGUGACAUGAUACAACACAAUGCUAAUGAUAUCUACCAUGAAGAGUAUUUCAGAAGUCAUUAUGAUACAGAAUCAAACCAUGUGGAGAAUGAUGAGAUCAUUGCACGAACUCUUCAAGAGGAAUUUUCAGGACUAUCUGUAACAGAAGCCUCUGAAUACUCACAUGCAGGAGAAGCGCAAGCACAAGCAUCCGUUCUUGCAGAUGAGUGGCAUGGUGUAUCUACAAGGAAUUAUUGUUCAGACCAUGAUUAUGGCCAGGAAGAAGCUUCUAGUUUAUGUUCUAGCCCUGGUAAUCAUUUGGAGCUAACUGAUGAAUGUGCACUUGAUGGUGAAGUAGACUGGAGCUUGAAUCCCGUUCCUCAUAUUCCUAGAAUUAAUGGAGAAAUUCCUUCAUUUGAUGAAGCGACUUCAGAUCAUCAAAGGCUGCUUGACAGACUGCAGAUAUUUGGCUUCCUUGAACGCAAGGUUGAAGGAGAUGGAAACUGCCAGUUCCAUGCUUUAUCAGACCAAUUGUAUCACACACCUGACCACCACAAGUACGUGAGAAGCCAAGUCGUAAAUCAGCUGAAGUCUCAUCCGGAGAUUUACGAGGGAUAUGUUCCCAUGGCAUAUGAUGACUAUUUGGAGAAGAUGUCCACGAAUGGUGAGUGGGGUGACCAUGUUUCAUUGCAGGCAGCUGCUGAUUCGUAUGGGGUGAAAAUUUUUGUCUUGACUUCUUUUAAGGAUAACUGUUGCAUAGAGAUUCUUCCUAAUAUCCAAACUUCAAAACAAGUUAUUUAUUUGAGUUUCUGGGCAGAGGUGCAUUACAACUCAAUUUAUCCUCAAGGAGGUUCGCCCUCAAGUGAGUACAAAAAGAAGAAAAAGUGGCGGAUAUUUGGGAAUAAACAUUAGGAAUGUUUGGAUGGCAUUAGGCACAUUUCUCCUCCUGUUGUUGCUGAUGUUGCUUAAACCAUGUAGAUUCGUGGUUCAGGACCUGCUCAGAUCUCAUAUUUUUGCACUUCCAAUGUUCGUCCAGGCUGGAUUAUCUCAUUGUAAGAGUAAGUUAGUUUCUUUUUCCAUUUUUUCGUUUCUAAAUUUCUAUUAUUUUGGUUGCUUGCAUGUGUGAAUUUUGUAGUCGCAUGCUAGUACCAUCUGAUAUUUUUGGAACAAACCAGUUACAAUAUGAUUAUGAAUUUAUACAUUUUCAGAAAACAGAGUUGAAAGGGUUUCAUUGAAUCUUCCUCGGCCUUCGGCUUAUUGUUUUCUUCACGUGUAGCUUGGUCGGUUCAGUAGAUUUGGAAUGUACAAAGAUAUUUCAAAUAAUUGAAAUGAAUUCUUUCCCAAAAAAAAAAAAAAAAAAUACCCAAAAUGAAUGCAUUAGUAUCAUGGAAAGCAUUCCAUAGUACAGGUAUGCUUUUAUAGGAACACAAAAGUGAAAUAUAUGCUUCAUGGUCUAUGCAAAAAUUGUGUAUAAUUGGCAGGUGUCAUAAACGGAAAGCACGAUAAUUUUGCGGAAAUAUUGUGGCGCUGUAUAUUGACAUAUAGUAUAUGGUUAAAUUCAGGAUUUUUGUUGGAGAUAUAGAGAGGGGAACUAAGGUUUUGAUAACCUUUCAGUCAUUUAUCUCGAACAGUUGAUUCGUUUGUUUGGUCAAUAGUGAAAUAUAUGCACUUGCUUGAGUACGCAUACAGAGAUUCGAAGGAUACAAAUUGUUUCAGGCUAUCCUUGAAACUGGUUGAUGAA